AUGCCAGAUUCACAUGAAUUUAUACCAGAAACUGUCCUUAGUAAAAUCGGCGAGGUCAGUUUAGAGGCCCGUAAAAAAGGCCUCGUGGCAAUUGACUCCUCAGUAAGGAAGUUCAUACAGUCCUUAAAUAGUAACACAAUCAGCAAUGAAGAGAAGGAUUCCACACUUAAUAACACUGUAAAAUCAUUUCUUGAGUUUGUUAAAUUCAAAUUCCUGGAUCAGCCGGAUCCAAACCUACGUAUUGGAGGCUUAAUGGCCAUAGCCUGUACAGCUCUCUCACUUGACAAAUAUUUACUGGACUUUUCCGAGAAGUUCAUCAAGCUGGUGAUUCUAUCCUUCUACGACCAGGAUAAUAAAGUGAGAUAUUAUUCCUGCGAGGCCUUGUAUAACAUUGUGAAGAAGUGUAAAAUGGAAUCAAUGCCGUGUAUUGCUGAAAUUUUUGACGGAAUCUGCAAGUUGACAUGUGAUAUUGAUGAGGAUGUGAAAUAUGCAUCACAAAUAUUGAAUAGACUCUUGUGUGACACAAUCCUGGAGUUUGAAGAGGUUCCGCUGGACCUCAUUACAGACAUCUUGGCUAAUCGAAUACUUGUUAUAAACCCACAAAUCAGACAACUUAUAAUUUCAUGGAUUGUAAUGUUAAAUUCUGUACCAAAAAUUGAUAUGCUCGAGUAUUUGCCGAAGGUUUUUCUAGGGAUUUCAAACAUGUUAACAGAUAAUAACAAAGAUGUGAGGAGCUCUGCGGAAAUGUGUUUGAACGACUUCUUGAUAAAGUUCAAGAAGAAGUAUUCAAAGAGUAACAUGAUAACUGAGGAUUUUUUCAAGAUAUUACUGUUAAAUUGUAAGAGGAGUGAACAUGUGAUAAAGUUGUUGAACAUAGUGUGGAUUAGACAAAUAUGCGCAAUUCAGCCUCAAAUCAUACAUUUUAAAGGCUUCUUCCUACUCCUGGAAUUCAUUAUCUCUCAACUCUCAGACCCCAGCGAAGAACUUAACAAAAUCGCAACGGAGGCCAACAAUUUACUGUAUCAUAUUGUCAGUGAGGUUAAAUCAAUCUCAUACAUCGAACACAUCCUUAAAGUGCUAGUUGAUAAAUUAGUCGACUCACAAAAUGAACAUGUUAUACUGUCAAUUCUGGAUUGGUUCAGUAUUAUUUUACAGAUUUGUCCUGAGAAGAUGGAUCCGAUGUCUGAAAACCUAUCAAAAGCAGUGAUUCAGUGUUUUAAACACCCUCACUCACAGAUGAUUAUGGAGUCGACGUUGAGGACAAUCUUCCUGCUAAUCUCACUAGGUGACCGUCACUUACAACUGUUAGCUGGUGAUUUGUUGAACCUGUUUAAGACUGAAAAGAAACUUCUGGAGGAUAGCGGAAGAGUAAUAGUGUUAAACUUAUGUAAACAGUUGGGAUUUGAACGCUUUUACACCAUUAUUACCAAUUCAAUGAAACUAUCAAAUGAUGAGGGGUUUUUGUAUGAUAUGGUACACUCAUUGAAUUGGACACUAUUAACCUCAACAGAAGCACAGGAGUUCAGAACUGAAUUGUUGACAGUAGAAAAAAGUAAUCUUUCAGACCAACUUUUGGAAAUUUGGAGUUAUAAUUUAUCAUCGGCGUUGUCAUUUUCUUUAUUUAUAGAAAAAUAUGAUCUGGCACACGAUUUAUUACAUAAAAUAAGUGGAAUGAACUUGAAUUUGGACUUUUUGGUAAAGCUGGACCAUAUGGUCCAGUUGAUGGAUACUCACAUAUUUUUAAGGCUAAGACUACAUUUGUUAAAGCCAGACAUAUAUCCAAGCCUGUUAAACACACUCCUAGGGAUUUCGAUGAUCUUACCGCAAAAUGACACUAAUCGUAAAUUAAUGAGAAGACUCAAAAUAUCGCAACUAACUCUACUUUCCAAACAAUUACAAACCCAGAAUGCUUGAAUUAAUGUACCAUACUACAUAUACUA